AUGAUGAUAAGUAGUAGAUUACAGUUCCUUAAAAGAACGCUGGGUUGUACGAAACGUAUACGCCUAAACAAUGGGGUCAGAUCGAAAUUAUUGAAACCAUGUUCGUUCCAGGUCAGAUCGUUCCAUUCUUCCUCACCACAAUUUAUUGAUUACGAUCCAUAUCAAACCUUGGGAGUCGAAAAGUCAUCGAGUGCAAAGGAUAUCAAGAAGGCCUACCAUCAGUUGGUCAAGAAAUAUCAUCCGGACGUUAACAAAGAGAAGGAUGCAGAGAAGAGGUUCCAUAAAAUCCAGGAAUCCUAUGAAUUGUUGAGCGAUAAGGAAAAAAGAUCUCAGUACGAUCAAUUUGGAGCCAGUGCCUUUGAUGCCAAUGGUAACUCCAACCCUUAUGCUGGUAAUCCGUUCGGAGGUGGUGGAAACCCAUUCGGUGGUGCAGGAAGCCACGGAGGAGGGAACCCAUUCGGUGGUAUGGGGUUCGAUUUUGAAGAUUUAUUUAAACAAGCAUUCAACGGAGGUGCCGGAGGUGCUGGGGGUGGAGCCGGUGGUAGAGGAUUUGUAACUGAGCAUGUAGGUGACAAUAUUGAAGUCUUGAAAACUAUCUCCUUCAAGGAAGCCAUCUUCGGAACCAAGGUUCAGGUCAACUACAAGGCUGUAGAUUCAUGCGGUACCUGUAGUGGAUCUGGAAUGAAGAAGGGCAAGAGCAAGACUACAUGCCCUCAGUGUCACGGAUCUGGUCAAACCACCCACGUCAUGGGAGGGUUCCAUAUGGCAUCUACAUGUCAGACAUGCCAUGGAACAGGAGUGCAAAUCUCAAAGGAGGACUCUUGUGAUUCAUGUCAUGGUAAUGGGGUUGAGGAAUCUGCAAAGUCCACAUCUGUGGAUUUACCACCGGGAAUCAUGGAUGGUUCGAGAUUGAGGGUCCCUGGUGCAGGUGAUGCUCCCUUCAUUACCAAAGACCCAUAUAAUCAAACUAGAAACGGUGAUUUGAUUAUCAGAGUCCAUGUUCUGAAGGAUCCAGUUUUCACCAGAUCUGCUAACAAUUUGGUGAUACAGAAAGAAAUUCCUAUGACUGCAGCAGCCUUAGGAGGAGAAAUAGUUGUGCCUACUAUCGACGGAGAACAGGUCAAGUUGAAGAUUAGACCUGGUGUGCAAAAUGGACGCAAAUUGACUAUUCCUGAUAAGGGGGUCCCUAUCAACCGUAAUAUUAACAAUAGAGGAGAUAUGGAAAUUGUAUUGGGCGUAAAGACCCUUGUUCCAGAAACUCCCGUUCAGACCGCCUUAUUGGAAGCAUUAGCCGAUGCGUUCAAUGAUACUGAAGCCAAGAGAACAGAUGCGCACUGGAAAUUGGAUUUGGAUGAUACCAGCAACAAAAAGGAUAAAGAUUCAAAGGUGGCAGAUGAAAGCGGUCCAGAUCCAAGUAAGACAAACAGAAUAGGCAAAUAUUUAAGUAAGUUCUUCAACAUGAAGGAUGAAAAGUAG